AGAGUGACUGGCUGCAGAUUGCAACUACCAUGUCAGACUCAGUAAUUCUUCGCAGUGUGAAGAAAUUUGGAGAGGAGAAUCGUGGUUUUGAGUCAGAUGAAUCAUAUAACAAUGACAAGAGUUCACGGUUACAAAAUAAGAAGAAAGGUGACAGCAGUCAAGUUGGCUUCUUUCAAUUGUUUCGAUUUUCUUCAACGACUGACAUUUGGCUGAUGUCUGUGGGAAGUUUAUGCGCAUUUCUCCAUGGAUUAGCCCAUCCAGGCGUGCUACUCAUUUUUGGCACCAUGACAGAUGUUUUUAUUGACUAUGACACUGAAUUACAAGAACUCCAGAUCCCUGGAAAAGCAUGUGUGAAUAACACCAUAGUGUGGACCAACGGCUCCCUCCCCCAGAACGGGACAAAUGGACUGCGCUGUGGGUUGCUGGACAUUGAAAGUGAAAUGAUCAAAUUUGCCAGUUACUAUGCGGGAACCGCUGUCGCAGUACUUAUCACAGGAUAUUUUCAAAUAUGCUUUUGGGUAAUUGCCUCAGCUCGUCAGGUACAGAAAAUGAGAAAAUUUUACUUUAGGAAAAUAAUGAGAAUGGACAUAGGAUGGUUCGACUGCAACUCAGUGGGAGAGCUAAAUACAAGAUUUUCUGAUGAUAUUAAUAAAAUCAAUGAUGCCAUUGCCGACCAAAUGGCCAUUUUCAUUCAGCGCAUGACCACGAGCAUCGGUGGGUUCCUGCUGGGAUUUUAUCAGGGUUGGAAACUGACCUUGGUUAUUAUCUCUGUCAGCCCUCUCAUUGGGAUUGGAGCAGCCAUCAUUGGUCUGAGUGUUUCCAAAUUUACUGACCGUGAACUGAAGGCCUAUGCCAAAGCAGGGUCAGUAGCUGAUGAAGUCAUUUCAUCCAUUCGAACAGUGGCUGCUUUUGGUGGUGAAAAAAGAGAGGUUGAAAGGUAUGAGAAAAAUCUUGUGUUUGCCCAGCACUGGGGAAUUAGGAAAGGGAUAGUGAUGGGAUUCUUUACAGGAUUCAUGUGGUGUCUCAUCUUCUUGUGUUACGCACUGGCUUUCUGGUAUGGCUCCAAACUCGUCCUGGAUGAUGGAGAAUAUACAGCAGGAACCCUUGUCCAGAUUUUCCUCAGUGUCAUAGUAGGAGCUUUAAAUCUUGGCAAUGCGUCUUCUUGUUUGGAAGCCUUUGCAACUGGGCGGGCAGCAGCCUCCAGCAUUUUUGAGACAAUUGACCAGAAACCCGUCAUUGACUGCAUGUCAGAAGAUGGUUACAAGCUGGAUAGAAUUAAGGGUGAAAUUGAAUUCCAUAAUGUAACCUUCCACUACCCUUCCAGACCAGAGGUGAAGAUUUUAAAUAACCUCAACAUGGUCAUUAAAUCAGGGGAAAUGACAGCUAUGGUAGGAUCCAGUGGAGCUGGGAAAAGUACAGCCCUGCAGCUCAUUCAGCGAUUCUACGAUCCCAGUGAAGGCAUGGUGACUUUGGAUGGCCAUGACAUUCGCACUCUUAACAUUCAGUGGCUUAGAGCUCAGAUUGGGAUAGUGGAGCAAGAGCCCGUUCUGUUCUCCACCACCAUUGCAGACAAUAUUCGCUAUGGCAGAGAAGAUGCAACAAUGGAAGAUAUAGUCCAAGCUGCUAAGGAAGCCAACGCCUACAACUUCAUCAUGGACCUGCCACAGCAAUUUGACACUCUUGUUGGAGAAGGAGGAGGCCAGAUGAGUGGCGGCCAGAAACAAAGAGUGGCCAUUGCUAGAGCCCUUGUCCGAAACCCCAAGAUCUUGCUUUUGGACAUGGCUACCUCAGCGCUGGACAAUGAGAGUGAAGCUAUGGUACAAGAGGCACUGAGCAAGAUUCAGCACGGACAUACAAUCAUUUCAGUCGCUCAUCGCCUAUCCACGGUCAGAGCUGCAGAUGUCAUUAUUGGUUUUGAACAUGGUACAGCAGUGGAAAGAGGCACUCAUGAAGAAUUGUUGGAAAGGAAAGGAGUGUACUUCACUUUAGUGACUUUGCAAAGUCAAGGAGAUAAAGCCCUUAAUGAAGAGGACAUAAAGGGAAAGGAUGAAACAGAAGAUGCCUCACUUGAGAGCAAACAGACCUUUAGUAGAGGGAGCUACCAGGCUAGUUUAAGAGCUUCCCUCCGGCAACGCUCCAAGUCUCAGCUUUCUUACCUGGUACAUGAACCUCCAUUAGCUGUUGUAGAUCAUAAAUCUACUUACGAAGAAGACAGAAAGGACAAGAACAUACCUGUGGAAGAAGAAAUUGAACCUGCUCCAGUUAGAAGGAUUCUGAAAUUCAAUGCUCCAGAAUGGCCUUACAUGAUGGUGGGGGCUGUGGGGGCUGCUGUGAAUGGGGCAGUCACACCCCUCUAUGCCUUUCUAUUCAGCCAGAUUCUUGGGACUUUUUCACUUCUUGAUAAAGAAGAACAAAGGUCACAGAUCAAUGGUGUGUGCCUGCUGUUUGUAGCAGUGGGCUGUGUAUCCCUUUUCACUCAAUUUCUGCAGGGAUAUGCUUUUGCUAAAUCUGGAGAACUCCUCACAAAAAGGCUGCGUAAAUUUGGUUUCAGAGCAAUAUUAGGACAAAACAUUGGCUGGUUUGAUGACCUCAGAAAUAGCCCUGGAGCACUGACAACAAGGCUUGCUACAGAUGCUUCCCAAGUUCAAGGCGCUGCUGGCUCUCAAAUCGGGAUGAUGGUCAAUUCCUUCACCAAUAUCACGGUGGCCAUGAUCAUUGCCUUCCUCUUCAGCUGGAAGCUCAGCCUGGUCAUUGUGUGCUUCCUCCCUUUCUUGGCUUUGUCGGGAGCUGCACAGGCCCGAAUGUUGACAGGAUUUGCCUCUCAAGACAAGCAGGCUCUGGAGGUCGCGGGACAGAUUACAAAUGAAGCCCUCAGUAAUAUCCGCACUGUCGCUGGAAUUGGAAAGGAGAGGCAGUUUAUUGACGCAUUUGAGAGGGAGCUGGAGAAGCCAUUCAAGACAGCCAUUCGAAAAGCAAAUGUUUAUGGAUUCUGCUUUGGUUUUUCUCAAUGCAUAGUGUUUGUUGCAAAUUCUGCUUCCUACAGAUAUGGAGGUUACUUAAUUCCCAAUGAGGGGCUCCAUUUCAGCUACGUUUUCAGGGUGAUCUCCUCAGUUGUACUGAGUGCAACUGCUCUUGGAAGAGCCUACUCUUACACCCCAAGUUAUGCCAAAGCUAAAAUAUCAGCUGCACGCUUUUUUCAACUGUUGGAUCGACGACCCCCAAUCAAUGUAUACAGUAGUGCAGGUGAAAAAUGGGACAACUUCCAGGGGCAGAUUGACUUUGUUGACUGUAAAUUUACAUAUCCUUCUCGACCUGAUAUACAAGUUCUAAACGGUCUCUCAGUGUCGGUUAGGCCAGGACAAACACUGGCAUUUGUUGGAAGCAGUGGAUGUGGCAAAAGCACCAGUAUUCAGCUGUUGGAACGUUUCUAUGACCCUGACCAAGGAAAAGUGAAUCUUCAUUGCAAUGAGAAUUGAUAACAUUAUGAAGAGAAAUACUGAGAGAAACUCAGAAGAGGCCGCUAAAGAUUCCCUUGCAUAAAGUGAAGCAAGGAAAUAAGUAGAUAUUGGUAGAAUCCAGAAAAUUAUGAAAAUAAGGAGUAAGAGUUGAUUUUCUGUAAUUUAUAAUCACUUCUGUUAUUAAUUUUAGGUAUAAAGAUUUUAAUUUUUUGAUAAUAUUAGGUGACUGAUGAACCCAGAAAGCAUAUUGCACUUGGGGUCUGUUCUAUGCAAAGGAGAAGCUCUAGUUUCCCAAAAUAUCACAUCUACCAUGUCUAUCACCGAGGUCAAUUGUGAAUUGCAUGACAUACAGAGACCUGAAUCCUUCAUGUUUGAUUUUCUAACAUUGACACAUAUAUUAAGUAUAUUUCUCUGAAUGUGUUCAAUGAAAUUUCUGGUCAGAGGCAGAAAGCAAUGUCCAUGAAGAAAUCAGUAUGAUUCUUUUCAUUUCACACACACACUAUAUUUUGUUAUAUCCUUGUAAAACACUUCUACAAACAUUUUUAAAUAGAAAAAAAACAGCAACCUUUUAUGCAAUUUUUAAAAAUCCUCUGUGGUUUUAAGGAAGCUACCAAAUGCAGGCAUUUAGCCUUUUCAACAUCUAAUUGGAUACCUAUGAUAUGCAGUACUGACCUGGGCCCCAUGAGAGGUUCUAAUGAGAGUGAAGCAUAUCUUCUGUCUUCUAGGAGCUCACAAUACUCACACCUUUGUGUUUAAGUAUUAAAUUGUGCUUUGCAGACUGUAAAUACUAUGGAAAAUGAGUCGGGGAAGAUGAUAGAGACUAAUUUUGAGGAAUGCAUUAUAGUUUUUCUUAUUUGCUUUUUCGUUGCCAAGAAAUUACUAAAAUAUAAUAUCUCACAUUAUUUAAUAUAUAUUUUUGUGAGCUUAUAGGGCCAAAUACUUUACAGUAAUAUGUUAGACACACUGUACCUUUAUUAUUCUCGAGCUUUUAAGUGAACCAGCUCAAAUGGUGGAUACUUGAGGUCCUGUAUUUAACUGCCUAAUUAGGCUGUGAGUUCCUAGAAAACAGAGAUUAUGUUUUCUUUAUGUAGUAGACAAAACACUACUUACCAUGGUGCUUUGU